CGUAUAAAUACUACAACGCCCCGUUCGGUUAGACACAGUUAAAGUUCGACUCUCGUCAAAGAUACUUGUGCAGAUUCGCUUCUUUUCAAUCAGUGAAAUACAUACAACAUCGCUCAAAAUGUUUAAGUUCGUUGCCGUGUUGAGCUGCCUCGUGGCGAUCAGUUUGGCCAUGCCAGCUGUGGAGGUCUCGCAGCCGAUUGCAUCCCAAGAGUCUCAGGACAGUCCGGCCGUGCUGGUGGUGGCGGCGGAGGACGAUCUGGCCGGUGCUGAGACGGCCCACCACGGAUAUGGCGGAUACGGUGGAUACGGAGGAGGCUAUGGCGGUGGCUUCGGAGGCUAUCCUUAUGGAGGAUACGGAGGUGGCUUCGGCGGUGGCUACGGAGGAGGCUUCGGCGGAUUCGGUGGAGGCUAUGGCGGAUACGGAGGAUACGGACAUGGUCACCACCAUCACCAUCACGGAUAAGGGAUGAGAUCUACGACUUCUACCCCCUCAGCUCACAACCAAUCUGUUGUCGUCCUACCUCACUGUGAUCAGCAUCCAACCGACCAUUUCGAGGAACACUUGCAUUUAUUGUUGGGUUUGACCGGUUGUACCAAGUCUCAUGCAACCUCGCCAUGACCAUCGAUCGCCUGCAAUGUUAUUUAUUGCCAGAAUACCAUUUUACCGUAUGAAUAAACGUUCACAAACUAAGCAUAA